GUUUCAGUCGGACACACUUAAGAGGUACACCAGAUUUCCAACAUGGAGGUCGUAGGAUAAAAAAAAUGCGAUAGAUCGCAGCAAAUAACUGACAUUCACCAUAAAUGGACUGCCUUUCGACUAAAUGAAACGUGUAGGAUGUUUCCACAUUCAUAGAUAGAGAACGCGUCGCAACUGAAGACUGUGAGAUUAUGUUCUGCCAGAGACUUCAAGCGUGUCUGCAGGUGGAGGCUCUAGGUUGGAGCUUGCCUCACAAGCUGACGUGUCCACGUCGUUUCCACAACCUGGCCUCCAUCCAGCAGGCCUCCCUGCUGCCCCAGAGGAAGCUCCAGGCUCUUCUGUUCCCCUUUAGUGACCUGGAGGCCCACCUGGCUGGCUCUGUGGACAGGAGCCAGUUUCAACUCUUCCAGCCCAGCAUGGAAGCCCUAACCCUGGCUGAGAAGCUGUUUUCUCCCUCUCCUUCUCACAAGAUGGAUUACCUCGCCUCAGCUGUGAGGAUGGAGCACACUCCCAACCUCAACCAGCCAGAGGUGUGUUUUGUCGGCAGGAGUAACGUGGGAAAGUCUUCUCUCCUCAAAGCUCUGUUCUCCCUGGCUCCUGAGGUGGAGGUCAGAGUGUCCAAAACGCCGGGGCACACAAAGAAGAUGAACUUCUUCAAAGUGGGGAAGGCGUUCACCAUGGUAGACAUGCCGGGCUACGGACACAAGGCCCCCAAAGACUUUGUGGAGAUGGUGGAGCCAUAUCUGGAGACCCGCAAAAAUUUGGUGAGAACCUUCCUGUUGGUGGACGGCUGCGUCGGUCUUCUGAAGGCGGACAUGAUCGCCCUGGAGAUGUGCGAGGAGUUCAGACGACCGUACGCGAUUGUGGUGACUAAGAUCGAUAAGAGUGGCAAGGGGCAGCUGCUCACUCACCUGCUGCACCUGCAGGACGUCAUCAGGACUCAGAGCACAGGCUGCUUCCCCCAACCCUUCCUGGUCAGCUCCAACCAGUUUUCUGGGAUAUACCUGCUCAGGUGUUUUAUCGCCCACGUCACAGGGAACAUCCAGCUUGGGGACACGGGACAAAGCUGACACUAGUCCUUCUGAUCAUCCUCAUCAGCUACCUACGACUGCCGAGAAGAGAGAAAGAAUGUGUGUGUGUGUCCAACUGAUGGAAAACAGUUGAAACUGACUGGAGAUCUGUUGACUCACCCACCCUACUGUGGUACUGUGUCCAGGCUGUGACACUGUGUCCAGGCUGUGACACUGUGUCCAGGCUGUGGUACUGUGUCCAGGCUGUGGUACUGUGUCCAGGCUGUGGUACUGUGUCCAGGCUGUGACACUGUGUCCAGGCUGUGACACUGUGUCCAGGCUGUGACACUGUGUCCAGGCUGUGAUACUGUGUCCAGGCUGUGAUACUGUGUCCAGGCUGUGGUACUGUGUCCAGGCUGUGGUACUGUGUCCAGGCUGUGACACUGUGUCCAGGCUGUGGUACUGUGUCCAGGCUGUGACACUGUGUCCAGGCUGUGGUACUGUGUCCAGGCUGUGGUACUGUGUCCAGGCUGUGACACUGUGUCCAGGCUGUGGUACUGUGUCCAGGCUGUGACACUGUGUCCAGGCUGGAGGUGCCAAAACACAUGCAUUCAAUGUCUGUUGAAGUAUCAAGUAUCAUUAGUAUCAAGUCGAAGGAUUCAGUAUUAAUAUCAUGCAAGCAUGUCUCCUGUCAUUAUAUAUCAUCCUAUAUAUAUAUAUACACACACAGUGCAUUGAAUGUUAAAAAAAAUUUUUUAUACUUAUAGAUGUGUACUUCCUGUGCACAGGCAGAGAUUGUUUGGAUUUUUGUUUUGAAAUAAAAAUCUAAAGGACAGUGCUUUGUUUGUGCUCUAUGGACUGUCGCUCCCUGACUA